UCCAGCGAGCAAGCGAUUUUUCUAAACACUGGGCUACAAUACAAGUGACCACCACACUGAACUUUUGCGGGCGGGCGAUAUUCAAGUGUGCAGCGAGCGAAUUAUUAAAAAACAAAUCUGUUUGAAUUUCGAGCGUGCGAAUUUUGUGAAGGGACACCGAAUUGUGACGAAUACGGCCGAAGUAAAUAUUUAUGAUAUGUAGAAACUUGUUUUUAUUAUUAUUUUUGUUGUCAGUAUGAUAAAUAUAAUUGAGAAUAAAGCGUGACAAAAUGUGUAGCAGUGGCAAAAACGUAAAUAAAGAACUUCUUAUAUCCGAAGUGCAAACACGGAGACCUUUGUGGCAAGAUAGUCAUCCACUUUAUAAAAACAAAAAUGCUAUUGAAAAAAUAUGGCAAGAGGUUGCUGCGGCAUGUAAUUGUAGUGUUUCCGAUGCAAAACUCAAAUGGAAGAAAUUGAAGGAUCAGUUUAGAAAGGAGGUUAAAAAAAUACCAGUUCCGAAAUCUGGAGAUCCCUCACUACCUGGGAAACCCAAAUGGCAGUAUUUUGACCAGAUGUACUUCUUAAGAGAUUUUGUCGUUCCUUUGCAGACGCAAGGGAAAUUUACCAAUGGAAACUAA